UUUCUCCUUUUUUUACGCACACACACUCAAUGCUCGGCAUGCACAAACGCUGUAUUACCGGGACAUAACAUUAUCAUUUCCAUAUGUUGUUGUUUGUACAUGAUUUUCUUACCAUUAACAUCCAAUACGACAUCGAAUAAUCGAGGAUAUAAACAUUUGAUCCCGUUUUCUACCUGGUCGCGAUGGAAGCGGGAGGACAAAGGCGCAGACGGGAGAACUGCUGGAUUGCUUUGUGUAUUUAUUUUCUGAUCAUCGGACAGCAGGUUUCAGCUCAGAUACGAUAUUCUGUUCCAGAAGAAGUCAAAGAAGGAACCGUUGUUGGAAAUAUUGCUAAGGAUUUGGGUCUUGAAGUAAGUAGCUUGGUGGACAGACAGUUUCGUGUGGUUUCUGGAUCUAAGGAGGAGCUUUUUCAGAUAAAUCAGGACAAUGGCGUUUUGUAUGUUCAUAAGAAAAUCGACAGAGAGUCUCUGUGUGUUGGCAGUGGUGUCUGUAUGGUUAAUUUAAAAACUGUUAUUGAAAAUCCUCUUGAGAUUCAUUAUGUAGAAGUAGAUAUAUCUGAUAUAAAUGAUCAUUUUCCUAGAUUUCCUGAAAAAGAGCAGCAUUUAAGAAUUUCCGAAAGUACACUACCUGGUGCUGACUAUCAGUUACAGGCUGCCAGAGAUCCUGAUUAUGGUACUAACUCGGUCCGGUCAUAUAAAUUAAGUACUAAUGAUCAUUUUGAAAUUCGAGUGAGAGAGAAUGAUGAGGAUAAGAAGCCGUUUUUAGUCCUGAAGAAGGCUGUUGAUAGGGAGAUUACUACAAUUUACAAACUGCUUUUAACAGCAGUAGACGGAGGAAAUCCUCCGAAAUCGGGCACUCUUAACAUUACUAUUACUAUUCUCGAUAUAAAUGACAACCGCCCCGUGUUUAGUCGAGACACAUAUUCUGCAACACUGCAAGAAAACUCUCUUAUUGGCACUGUGGUCGUUCGAGUAAACGCAACUGAUAUGGAUGAAGGAAUGAAUAGUAAUAUCGAAUACAGCUUCACAACUUUACACAGCAAAGAGCAUGAUGUUUUUGAGCUCGACCCAGUCACAGGUGAAAUACGUGUAAAAGGGGCAGUGGAUUUUGAAGAUACAGAAGUUUAUAAACUCGAUAUUCAAGCCUCAGAUAAGGGACAUCCAUCAAUGUCUGCAAACAGCAGAGUUGUUAUUAAGAUUAUUGACGUGAAUGACAACAGCCCUGAGAUUGAGAUUACGUCACUUUCUAAGAACAUUCCUGAAGAUUCUAAACCCGGAACGGUGAUUUCUCUGAUCAGUGUGACCGAUAAAGACGCCGGGAUAAACGGUAAAGUCAUCUGUCAGUUGAAUAAAAAUGUUCCCUUUGAGCUAAAGCCUUCUUUUAAAGACAACAUGUACUCUUUAGUGACAAAAGAUCGCUUAGACAGAGAGACUCACUCACAGUAUGACAUUACAAUAACAGCCUCUGAUUUAGGACAGCCGUCUUUGACUGCAUCGACCACUCUAAGCGUUCAGAUUUCUGAUGUGAAUGAUAAUGCUCCAGAAUUUAGCAUAAAUCCUCUAGAUCUUUACCUGAUGGAAAACAAUGCUGCAGGUUCGUCCAUAAUUUCAGUCUCUGCAUCUGAUAAAGACUCUGCUGAAAAUGCCGUGAUAUCGUAUCAUAUAAUUAGAGGUGAUGGAUCACAGACUGAUAUGUCCUCUUACUUGAAUAUUAAUUCUGAGACAGGUGUUGUUUAUUCGCUGAAGAGCUUUGAUUUUGAGAUGUUAAAAACAUCCCACUUUCACGUGCUCGCCACAGACUCUGGAAGUCCGUCUCUGAGCAGUAACGUGACAGUGAACGUGUUUAUUCUGGACCAGAACGACAACGUUCCAGUGAUCUUAUAUCCAGUCAGCGCUAACGGUUCUGCUGAGGGUGUGGAAGAGAUUCCCCGUAAUGUGAACGCAGGUCAUUUGGUGACUAAAGUCAGAGCCUAUGACGCAGAUAUAGGAUACAACGGCUGGUUAUUAUUCUCACUGCAGGAAGUUAGUGAGCACAGUCUCUUUGCUUUGGACCGCUAUACAGGACAGAUAAGGACCCUUCGCUCAUUCACAGAAACAGACGAGGCCCAGCAUAAACUGGUCAUACUGGUCAAAGACAAUGGGAACGUUUCCCUCUCAGCAACAGCGACUGUGAUUGUCAAAGUUGUGGAGCCCAAAGAGGCUUUUGCAGCUUCUGAUGUUAAAAACGCAGAGAAAGACGAGGAGGAAAACAACGUGACAUUUUAUUUGAUCAUCACUUUGGGCUCGGUUUCGGUGCUUUUCGUCAUCAGCAUCAUCGUGUUGAUUGUAAUGCAGUGCUCCAAAUCUACAGACUAUUCGUCCAAGUAUUUACAGGACACAAAUUAUGACGGGACUCUGUGUCACAGCAUCCAGUACAGAUCUGGAGACAAACGCUACAUGUUAGUUGGACCCAGAAUGAGUAUCGGCUCUACUAUAGCACCAGGCAGUAAUAGGAAUACUCUAGUCAUACCAGAUCGCAGGAGGAGAGACUCUGGAGAGGUAAGAAUAACCUUUUAUCUAUUUGAGAAUAAUCCACCCGGACAGUCCAUAUUCUCUGUGAGCGCCACUGACAAAGACAAAAAUGAAAACGCUGUUAUUGUGUAUCAGAUUAUAAGAGGCGAUCAGACACAAAGCGAUAUGAGCUCAUUCCUUAAUAUAAAUUCUGAAACGGGAGUUAUUAGUGCUCUGAAAAGCUUCGACUUUGAAACAGUAAAGAAGUUUCAGUUCCACAUACUCGCCACAGACUCUGGAAGUCCAUCUCUGAGCAGUAACGUGACAGUGAACGUGUUUAUUCUGGAUCAGAACGACAACGUUCCAGUGAUCUUAUAUCCAGUCAGCGCUAACGGUUCUGCUGAGGGUGUGGAAGAGAUUUCCCGUAAUGUGAACGCAGGUCAUUUGGUGACUAAAGUCAGAGCCUAUGACGCAGAUAUAGGAUACAACGGCUGGUUAUUAUUCUCACUGCAGGAAGUUAGUGAGCACAGUCUCUUUGCUUUGGACCGCUAUACAGGACAGAUAAGGACCCUUCGCUCAUUCACAGAAACAGACGAGGCCCAGCAUAAACUGGUCAUACUGGUCAAAGACAAUGGGAACGUUUCCCUCUCAGCAACAGCGACUGUGAUUGUCAAAGUUGUGGAGCCCAAAGAGGCUUUUGCAGCUUCUGAUGUUAAAAACGCAGAGAAAGACGAGGAGGAAAACAACGUGACAUUUUAUUUGAUCAUCACUUUGGGCUCGGUUUCGGUGCUUUUCGUCAUCAGCAUCAUCGUGUUGAUUGUAAUGCAGUGCUCCAAAUCUACAGACUAUUCGUCCAAGUAUUUACAGGACACAAAUUAUGACGGGACUCUGUGUCACAGCAUCCAGUACAGAUCUGGAGACAAACGCUACAUGUUAGUUGGACCCAGAAUGAGUAUCGGCUCUACUAUAGCACCAGGCAGUAAUAGGAAUACUCUAGUCAUACCUGAUCGCAGGAGGAGGGACUCUGGAGAGGAGUCAGUGUGA